AUGAAGCCCGUGCUCACAAGGAAGGGACUCACAAUGCGGCCGGCGGAGGAGGGAGAUGCGGUGAUGGGUACCUACCGUACGGCACUUGGCGACCUCAUGGAUGCGCUACCAGGCAGCAUGGUGGCUGCCAAGAUCACCGCAUCUGAGGUCGUGGCCCACACCGCGGUGGCGAUUCCGCGCAACAAAGGCGGAGCACUGGUCCCCAAGGGGGCGUUCAUCAAGGCAAGCCCCAAGGAGAAGUGGCUCACUGACUUUGCAGUGCCGUUAGGCACGUCUGUGGACGAGCGUGAGCAGCUGUCGCGGGAAUGGCACAUGCCCGUAUGCUUUGUGUACAACGCGACAGGAUGUGUCCGCAAACCGCCGAUCGUUGUUCUACGACGGGACGACAAGAGGCCAGUACAUGAGGGGCGCAAGAAGAAUCAUGACGUGAAAGUGCGCUACGCCAAGAAUGGGUGCUUUUCUAGCGAGUUGUUCACUGAGUUCGUCGACGAGUUAAACGGGGAGUUGCAUGCGAAGAACGAGAAGGCGGUGGUGCUUGUGCACAACCCUUCGCACACCCUCACCGGGUGUGUGAAACGGACAAGCACGGUGGAGGGGUUUGUCGUGAAGGAGUUGACACGGGUGAAGGUUGUGCAGACAUUUGGCGUGAUGCCGGCUGCUGCGUUUUCUGCGAUAAAUGGUGUUGUGGACACAUUGAAGGCAGUUUUCCGGACGUGGUUUCGGCGAACGGCAGUCACGAGCACAGAGUGGACCCGUGCGGGCAUUUUUCCACGGCCGCCGCUGCACGAAGUCCUGUACAAGCUGUUCAUGGCGUGCAAGUUGACGAUGCCGGGGACAAUCCAGAGGAGUUGGUGGCGGGCCGGUAGCGUGCCGAAGGGCUGGCUGUCGCGGAUGGGCAGCUUGAAAGGGAAAGCUGCGGCAGGGAUGUUUGACGGUCUGGUGGUGCAGUUGACGAGUCUGCAGCUGGUGAUUGAAGAGCUCAAAGGCAAGUGCAGCAGCACGGCGUUUAUGACGGCGUGGGAUUUUGUGGGGUGUGACGAAGGCCUUAUUGAUAAGUGGGCACCAGCGAGGGGUUUGGAGGACGAGUCCGAGGAUGAGAUUCCGGCAUAUUUUUGCAUUCCGGAGGGGCCGCUAAUGCGAGACAGCCGUAGCUAUCGCCGCGUGAGCCGCAUGGUCCAUGAUGGUUUCGUGAAGCAGGCGGAGGCGUUGGGUAUUCCACCGCGCGACGUGCCAGAGGAGGCCGGAGUGGUGAAUGAGGAGGUGGUGAGCCGCCUUCGACGCACGCCCACUAAGCGCAACCGGACGGGCCGCUCUAGUGAUGAGGGGAUCACGUCUGACGCGUCGGAUGAGGCAGGCCAAUCCCGGAAGGCGGGGGUGCUGUUCCGAGUGGAGGAUGACAAAGAGAGCGUCGUACGCUUGGUCUAG